AUUUGCUGAAUCCCGCAGCUUCUUUUUUGUUCUAGAUCCCUCAAACGCCAUUCUUCCGAUCUAACACUUACACAAACCCAACAAUUUCAUGUCCACCAGACCACCACCCCAUCUCACUGCUCACUCUACACACUGCGCCUUCUCUCCACCGUUUCUCAAGCUUGCUGCCCCGGGGAAGCAACUACUGACGACGGUCGAUUCACUGUCUUCACAAAAUCGACCAGAAAAUCGUUCCCAAAGUUCCAAUCCCAGUUUAUAAGGGAUGCAUUUCAUGAUGGGUAACAAGAAUCUAGGAAGAGAACAAAUCCAAGUUUACCGUAUCUGAUGCUACAACUUUCCUAGAUUCUUAUUACCGCUUGGAGAGGAAAUAAAAUGAAAUAAGAACGCACAGUGAGAUGGGAUUUUAGAAUUUAGAGAUGAUCAAACAAUGAAUAACGAAACAUGUUUCUCACCACAAUCAACUGAUGAAAAGGAUAUUCCUAAAAGAUGGAAAGAGGGCACUAGAGGACCAUGUCGGUUUAUAUGUAAACAUUGCCUUAUUACAGAUGGUUCCACGUCAAUAAGACAACAUCACCGGCAAUGCAGCCAAUGUCAACAGUCAAAACCAAAAUGCAAGACAGAUCGGCCAGAAAGCCAGCUUAUUUGGAAGCGGAAGCAAGAUAGAUGUCUAUUUGUGCGAUAG